UGUGUGUGUGUUUAGGGGUGUGGAGAAAGAGCGAGCACCUGAAAUUAAAGGCACGGGAAUAUUUUCUUUUCCUUUUAAUGCAAGGCCAAGAAAAAAACACAUGCCAUGAACAGAAGCACCAGGAUGAAAUUUGGCUGGAUUAAAGGAUCAAUUAUGGCCUCUGCCAUGGUUAUGGCUCUGUUAUACCUGGGCUCCAUAAAGAGGGAGGUCUACAUCCAUUCACAGAGACUCCAGAGGGCCCAUCACAAUGUCUCCGUCAGGGAUCAGGGAAUGCUCACAAGGCUGGACAAGAUGGAAAUGGACAUCAGCAAGCUGCUCAAUCUUAUGAAUAAACUUGAAAAGAAGGAACCGGUGAAACUCAAUGCAGAGGUGAAGAAGGAGAGGAAGGUUGUGAGGAAGCUAUACCCGAACUCAGCUCUGUUCAGCAAGUGGGGCGAUGAGCUAUCAGAGGAGGAGCAGAAGGAGGCUGAGAGGUUGUACCAGAGAUACGGCUACAACGCCUUCCUCAGCGACAGGCUGCCCCUGAACAGAGAGAUCCCGGAUACCAGGCCCGCCAGGUGCGUUGAGAGGAAGUACCCCGAGGAUUUGCCUUCAAUCAGCGUUGUGUUAAUCUACCUGGAUGAAGCUCUUUCUAUCAUCAAAAGGGCCAUCCGCAGCAUCAUAGACAAGACGCCAGCUCGGCUGCUGAAAGAAAUCAUACUGGUGGACGACCACAGCACCAAUGAGGAUUUAAUGGAGAAACUGGACGAAUACGUCAACUCUAUCAACGAGGAGUUGCCAGGGCUGGUGAAGAAAGUUAGGCACUCUGAGCAGCUCGGCCUCACCCAGGCUAGACUGUCGGGAUGGAGGGUUGCUGUGGGGGACGUAGUGGCCAUCUUAGAUGCUCACAUAGAAGUCCAUGUGCAAUGGGCGGAACCGUUGUUAGCUCGGAUUAAAGAGGAACGCACUGUGAUAUUGACACCAGUGUUUGACAAAGUCAAUUUUGAUGACCUGACACUGAAUCCCUAUAUACCGGCGGCGGAUGCCUUCGACUGGGCUCUGUGGUGCAUGUAUGAGUCCUUCAGACCUGAGUGGUACGCUUUAAAAGACGACUCACAGCCUGGAAAGAGCCCCUCCGUAAUGGGGAUUCUUGUAGCUGAUCGUAAGUUCUUUGGCGAGAUUGGAAGCCUUGAUGGUGGAAUGAAAAUAUAUGGUGGUGAAAAUGUGGAACUCGGCAUCCGGGUGUGGCUGUGUGGAGGAAGCAUAGAAGUUAUACCUUGCUCUAAAAUUGCCCACAUUGAAAGGGCCAAAAAGCCUUAUCUUCCAAACUUGAGUGAAAUGGUGAAGCGUAAUGCACUGAGGGUGGCAGAGGUGUGGAUGGACGAAUAUAAAUACAAUGUCAACAUUGCCUGGAACCUUCCCAUAGAGAACCAUGGGAUAGAUAUCGGGGAUGUUUCGGAAAGGAAAAAGCUGAGAGAGAAGCUUAAGUGCAAGCCCUUUAAGUGGUAUCUUGAUAAUAUUUAUCCCCUGCUGGACCCUCUGAAGGACUUGCUAGGUUAUGGAGUGCUGAUAAAUGAUCUGGAGCCAUCUAUCUGCAUUGACCAAGGCCCAAUGCCUGGGAACAUACCCAUUGUAUAUGGAUGCCACUACUACUCUCCUCAGCACUGUUAUUACCGCACAGACGGACAACUCUUCAUCGGUGGAAUCAAAUCUCACAAGUACAACAGCAACCGUUGUCUGGUGGACCCCGGCAGUGGAGUCUACCCGGGACUGUACGAUUGCAAAAUGGCCCAGCAGAAGAAAUUCCACAUGCUGUGGGAUUUCAAACAGAAUGGACCUAUCCAGAACAGAGAAACAAAGAGAUGCCUGGAAAUUGUGCAGGUUGACGGCUAUUACAAACUUGUUGUUCAGCAAUGUAGCAGUCAAAGCUGGAAGAUACAACAUCUAAUCGAAGACCACAGAAAGACUGGAGGGCAUGUCCCAGAAGACAAGUUACAGUAACUGAGCCUUUAUUGCACAAAAACUGCAUCUCAGAGAAAGAACGACUGCUUGUCUUUGGGGGUGAGUUUACAUUUUGCACCAGAGGAGUUAGAUCCACAAGAGUCAAAGUGUGCAAUCAAAGUUGUGAAUUACUUUUACUUUAUUAUUUUGGCCUUGUAAGUUUUGACAAAUGUUACUUUCUUGGUUUUGAAUACAAGCAUGUGCUCUU